AAUCACCCUAUCACUGCCAUGAUGCACCCUGCGCCUGUGUUCAUGGCGGUCCUCGCGGCCACCCGCUUCUCGGGGUCCAUCUGCUUCACAAUGGUGACGCCCCGUUCCUCUUCGUCACGUCAUGUUCGUCAUAUGGCUUCCUCAGCGACGACUGAAAGGUUGGCCGCCACCUCACCACCUUCAUCAUCAUCGUACUCGACAACGCACACCGACAGCAGCAUGUUCGCGCCGAUGGAAGCACGAGCGGUGCCGUCACUCGACCGGUGGCAAUCGCGACUCGGAGCAUCGGGGGAGACGUUGGGAGAAGAGGGCAUCGCGAACCCUUCUGAGGAAUCAGAAGCGACCAGCAGCGGCGGCGCAACUAACAGCGAGCCAGGCGGCGGCGGAAGCGGGGUCGACUUGUCGAAGGGGAUAGCGUUCGAGGCUCCGAAGCCAAAGGCGUUGGAACCGGAGAAGGCCGAGGAGGAGUCUGAUUCGAAAAAGGUUCGCGUGAUCAUCUACACGGUGCUAUCCCUCGUACCGUUCGUGCUGCUUCUGCCCUUCUUGGGGGGCAGGGAGCUCAUGCCCUUAGAUCCUAGCCAGAUGUAGCAUGGUGCAAGUGCCCCCCCCCGCCCCCCCUGGGUGCCGACAUGAUACAACGGCCUAGCUGUAAUUGUUGAUAGAUUUGAGGCAGAUUGUUCGGGUUUGAUCGUGGUGGUGAUGGGAAGUCUGGUCGUAAACAGCUUUUGGUGUGUUUUGCUGUGUGAGGGGGGAGAUUUUAUGGCUCUGGUAGAGCAUGUAGUCAACGGGUAUUUGAUUGCCAAUUGCUUGGGUUUGCAAAGAAAGAUAGAAAAUAACUACGCAUGCCGCGAAUUGUGACGCUGCUGUUAUUUUUAUGGGAUUGAGAAGCACCCUCUACCGCCAUGUCCACCACCGGGCCUUUCCCGACACGUGUGCGUCGUGGAUUGCUGAAAAAAAGUGAAUCCUCUAUCUGCAGCCAGAGUUUUUAUUUUUUGAGACAAUUUGUUCAUGUGUAAAAGUCAAAAGUCGUUUUUGCUGCCAGGUUAAAGAGGUGCGGAUGGAACGGUAAGGGUCUUCUGGUUGAGGAACAACACAGCAAGUAGCGACGGCAGGUGCAGCAUACAAGCGUGACCCGGCUUGCAGUCUUGUGUGGCAGCGCUUUUCGGAACAGCCUCGCCAUGGAUGCAGUGAAAGGCGGCUGGG